UCAGAUGCAGAAAAUGUCGUCAAAAAGAAGGUCCAUAAUGUAAGCAAACAUGAACUUCAAGUGGACUGGUAUAAAAAUCUAGUCUGGCAAGAAGAUGCAAUGAUUGUGUCAAAUGGCCCCAAAGACAUGUCGGAAAAAAUGUUAACUGAUUUUUUGGAAGAGAACAGGAAAUUAGAAAUUGUACGUGUCUUCCCUGGAAGAAAACCUGGAACUUUUCUUGUGUAUUGCGAAAAUGAAAUUGAUUUUGAGAAUGUUCAGAAGCUGUGCCAAAACAACCCCUUAAAAGGAAAUCAACUGAAAGUGGAUAGAAUUAAGGAAAUAAACAGUGUUCAAGUGAAAAACGUUUCUUCAAAUGUCAGCUCUGAGAGACUUCAAAGUUAUUUUGGAAACAGAAAAAAAAGUUCUGCUGGAGAAAUUUCUUCAUUUCAACAACAAACCUCUGAUACUUACAUUAUAAGUUUUAAAGAGCCGUGUGUUGUGCUGGACGUUUGUAGAAGACGACAUCAAUUGGAAGAUGUGGAGUUAGAUGUUCAACCAUUCUGGGUACCAUGUGAAGAAAAUACCAUUUCAAGCCAGCAAGUCCAUGACUAUUUACUACCUUCCCAGUUCCAUCUGACUUUCUUAAAGAAACAUAAAAUCAUAGUUAAUGACCAAUUAAAGAGACGGGCUGAAGUAAUUUGGAAAGAUUCCAAGUUUAAUAAACUGAAAUUAAAAUAUUCUGACGAAAAUUUUGAGGAAAUUGAAAAAUGUUUGAAAGAUUUAUUAAAUUCCAUUACUGUUGAAAUUAUUGAUGUUCCAGAUGAAAUUUUUGAAGACAUUGUUAGAACAUUUAAAAAUGAAGAUGAUAAGAAGUAUUUUUAUUUUGAUUUCCGAAUUCAUAAAGUUCAUAUUUUGGGAUUUGAUAAAAGUAGUGUAAUUAAAAUGAAAAACAGACUUUUGGAUAAUCUUAGAACGGAACGUGAGGAUGAGUUAAAUAUUCACGAAAGAUGUAUUCUGUCUGGUUUCGAAUUUUUUGCGGAUGCAGAAAGACAAUUUGAAGGUCUAAAAGUCACAGCUGAAAGUAACAAAGUUAUUUUUGAAGGCCAGUAUUCCAAAGUAACUAAUUGUCAAAAGAAUAUGUAUGAAAUUCUUCGGUCAAUUGUAAAAUCUGAAUUGUGUUUGCCUUUAAAUACUGGAAUGAUCAUAAAUAAAAAACCAGUGAAAGAAUAUCUUGAUGAAAAACUGAGAAACAAGAAAUGUAUCGGUUCAUGGGAAACGGGUGAUGGUGAUUCAGUAAUACUUUAUGCAAGUGAUAAAACACAUCUUUCACUUUUGGAAGGAAUCAUGAAAGAAACUUUUGUUGCCAAUACACUGGAUUUUGUGGACAAAAUUAAGGAUACUCCAAAUCAUGGAAAGUGGCUGACAUUAGUUAAAAGUCUAAAAGAAGAGUUUCCAGAUUUCUGUUUUUUUGGAGAAGAUUCUAUUAUUGUUGUUGAUGCUGUAGUUGAUUAUAUGAAGAGCAAAAUUGAUAACUUUGAGCAAUCUUUAAUUUACAAAUCUUAUAUAUCGAUGCCUCUUGAACAUUUCCUCUCUCUUAAAGAGUUCAAAGAACAGGAAAUCAAUGACUUUAGUGAGAAAAUUAAAAUUAAGAAUGUGUGUCUCAAAGAUAAUAAGUUACACCUGGAUGGAACACAAGAGCAAAUUAGGAAAAUGGAAACAUUUAUAGAAAAUUUAAGAAAAGAUAUCAGCUCAAAAGAUGCAACAUUUAGAUCUCAAGAAACCCAGAAAAGUGAAAAAGGAAACAAUUUCUUAUUUGAAAAGCAGAUGAAAUCUGAGAGUAAAAAAUUAUAUCCUGCUUUAGGAAGUGAAACGAAUGAAAUAGUUAAUGUUAAGUAUAAGAAGUGUGAAAUAGUGUUGAAGGAAGGUGACAUCACGACUCUGGACACAGAUGCUAUUGUUAAUGCUGCAAAUGGCAGACUGGAACACAGCGGUGGGGUUGCAGCAGCCAUUGUGCAGAAAGGUGGGCCUGAAAUUCAAAUUGAAUCUAACAAAAUUAUGAAAAAAAGAAGGAGUGAACUGAAAACUGGAGAAGUAGUGUCAACUAAAGCUGGUAAACUCAAAUGCAAGACUAUCAUUCAUGCUGUUGGACCCAUUUGGAAUAAUGGAAGGGAUCAGGAAAUGUAUUACCUUUCAGUAUCUGUUCAAAAUUGUUUGGCAGUCCUUGAAAGAAAGUCUUAUACAUCAAUUGCAAUUCCUGCCAUCAGUACAGGUAUUUUUGGUAUACCCAUAGAAGAAGGAACCAAAUGUACAGUAACAGCUAUAAAGGAAUAUCUUGAUACUCACUCAAAUUCUAAAAUAAAACAUAUUUGUUUGAUUGACGUACGGAAGGAAGUAAUCAGAGCUUUUAGGCAUCAUCUAGAAACAGUGUUUGGAAUCAGUAAAAGAAGAGAUAUCCCAUCACCAAACCCAUCCUUUCCUGGUCCACAACAGGAAUCAUCCUCUAUGACACCCAAAACUAAUGUGACAUCCAGAGAAAAUGCUGGCAUCAAAAUAAACCUAACGAUUGAUUCAAUUUCUAAUGCAUCUGUUGAUGUCAUCGUUAACAGCUCCAAUGAAGAACUCCAGCUUGACAAAGGGUUUAUCUCAAAAAGUAUUCUCAAUGCUGCUGGUCCUGAGAUGCAAGAUGAAUGUAACCAGAAAUAUCUUCGAGGUAUUUCUGCAUCUGAAAUAGCCGUCACUAAAGGAUAUAACCUCAAAUGUAAGAAUGUAUUUCAUCUGGCAUUACCUCCCUGGGAUGAAAAUUCCCCUGAUUCAAUUCUGGCAAACUUGACUCAUAUAAUAACCACUUGUCUGGAAAAGGCUGAGAGAAUGGGAGCAAAAAGCCUUGCAUUUCCUAUAUUAGGAGCUGGAACAUUGAAGUACCCCAUUGAAAAAUUACCUGGAAUUAUGUAUGAAGCCGUGAAAAACUACUCAAAUCAAAAUACAAGCCAGAUCAAAGUUGUAAACUUUGUGGUUUAUCCUCAAGACACAGAAAUAGCAAAGAAAUUUGAGGAAUAUCUCCUAAAUAAACCAGUAAAUGAAGGAGCUCAUUCAAAAGCAACCCCUUCAUCAAACCCAUCCCUUCCUGAUCUACCGCAGGAAUCAUCCUCCAUGACACCCAGAACUAAUGUGACACCCAGAGAAAAUGCUGGCAUCAAAAUAAACCUAAUGAUUGAUUCAAUUUCUAAUGCAUCUGUUGAUGUCAUCGUUAACAGCUCCAAUGAACAUCUCCAGCUUGACAAAGGGUCUAUCUCCAAAUUUAUUUUUUUUGCUGCUGGUCCUGAGAUACAAGAUGAAUGUUGCCAGAAAUAUCCUCGAGGUAUUUCUAUGUCUGAAAUAGCCGUCACUAAAGGAUAUAACCUCAACUGUAAGAAUGUAUUUCAUCUGGUAUUACCUCCCUGGGAUAAAUAUCCCCCUGAUUCAAUUCUGACAAACUUGACUCGCAUAAUAACCAUUUGUCUGGAAACUGCGGAGAGAAUGGGAGCAAAAAGUCUUGCAUUUCCUAUAUUAGGAGCCGGAAAAUUGAGGUACCCCAUUGAAAAAUUACCUGGAAUUAUGUAUGAAGCCGUGAAAAACUACUCAGAUCUAAAUUCAAGCCGGAUCAAAGAUGUUUACUUUUGUGGUUUAUCCUCCAACACAGAAAUAGUAAAGAAAUUUGAAGAAUAUUUACAAGGAAACACAACAGAUGGUUCAACUGCAUCAUCAGGUUCGCACGGGUUUUGGAGAAGUUUCUGGCCUUUUGGAAAGAACAAAGAAGGUUCGCACGGAUUUUGGAGAAAUCUCUGGCCUUUUGGAAAGAACAAAGAAUCGGUCCCUGAUACAUGGUCACCAAUGGAAGACGAGGAAUUAAUUAAAAUUGUUCCAGUCACAAAAGGACCAGAAUAUGAUGACAUCCAGACCACUUUCCAUCGGAAUUUGCCUUCUUAUCAUAUAAUCAAAAUUGAGAGAAUUCAAAAUAAAACAUUAUACCAGAGAUACAAAGCAUUGAAAAAACAAUUUGAGGCAGAAAAUCCAAACAUUACAAAUGAAGUUGAUGGCCUUUGGCAUGGUACUGCUGAAGGAGCUGUUCGUGGAAUAAAUAAAUCAGGAUUCAACCGUAGCUAUUGUGGUAAAAAUGGUUCAUAUGGUCAAGGUGUCUAUUUUGCCAGAGACAUCCAAUAUUCUGCAGAUGAUAACUAUUCUACUCCUGACCGUCACGGAACAAAGAGAAUAUACCAAUGCAGUGUUCUUGUGGGAAGAGUAAUGCAAGGACACCAGGGAUUAAAAGUUUUACAGGAAUCUUACAAUUCUGCUGUUGAUGAUAUUCAAAGACCCAAUAUUUAUGUUACUUUGAUGACUCUCAAGCAUAUCCUAAUUAUUUGAUUACAUUCUCUAAUUGGAUUUAAGACUUUUGUAACACUUUGAGCUGAGAUUGGUAAUUCUUUAAAACUGUUAAAACUUGUAUCACUACCACUAUUCAAAUGAGUAACACUAAAACUUCAAAUUUGUAAUACUUAAACCUAUUUGAAUUUUUAACGCUAACACUGUUCACAUUGUAACACUAAAACUAUUCAAAUUUGUAACAAUAUAACUAUCCAGAUUUGUAACACUAACAAUAUUUGAAUUUGUAACACAAAAAUUAUUGAAAUUUGUAUCACUAACAGUAUUCAAAUUUGUAACACUAAAACUAUUCAAAUUUGUAACAUUAACAAUAUUUGAAUUUGUAACAGUAAAACUAUUCAGAUUUGUAACAGGAAAAUUCUUCAGAUUUCUAAUGCUAAAACAAUUGAAUAUAUUUUGACAUUUUCAUUUUUUUGUUACAUUAAAUGUAAUUAUUGCUUACAAUAAAAUGAAGGCUGCAAGUUCAAAUUCAGUCAAAGUUUUGUUAUUUUGUAUUAUAUUUAAAAA